AGGAGCGCAAUGUCUGGAAGGAGGCUGAGGAGGCAGCUGUGUUUGGCGGCUGAGCCAGGAGGCGCGGGCGUGAGGUUUCUGGAAGCUGCGGGGCGCUGCUCCUUCGGGCGGGGUGUCUCCGCGGCGAAUCCGUAGCCUGAAGAGACGGCGGACGAAGGAGGAGGAGGAGACGGCGGCGGCGAAGGCGCCGGCAGCGGGAGCAUGAACCACAAGAGCAAGAAGCGCAUCCGCGAGGCGAAGCGGAGCGCCCGGCCGGAGCUCAAGGACUCCCUCGACUGGACCCGGCACAACUACUGCGAGAGCUUCCCGCUUAGCCCCGCAGCCUGCAAGGACAAUGUGGAAAGAGCAGAUGCACUCCAUUUGUCAGUGGAAGAAUUUAUUGAACGUUUUGAGAAGCCUUACAAGCCAGUUGUCCUCUUAAAUGCUCAGGCAGGAUGGCCAGCUCAAGAGAAAUGGACCCUGGAGCGUUUGAAACGCAAAUACAGGAACCAGAAAUUCAAGUGUGGGGAGGACAAUGAUGGGUACUCUGUGAAGAUGAAAAUGAAAUAUUACAUUGAAUACAUGGAUACCACGCGAGAUGACAGUCCCCUCUAUAUAUUCGACAGCAGCUAUGGGGAGCACCCAAAGCGUAGAAAACUCUUGGAGGAUUACAGAGUGCCCAAGUUUUUCACAGAUGACCUGUUCAAGUAUGCAGGCGAGAAGAGGCGGCCACCUUACAGAUGGUUUGUGAUGGGUCCACCUCGAUCAGGUACAGGCAUCCACAUUGACCCUCUGGGAACCAGUGCCUGGAAUUCCUUAGUCCAAGGAUACAAGCGCUGGUGCCUCUUCCCUACCAGCACUCCCAGAGAGUUGAUCAAAGUGACUCGUGAGGAAGGAGGGAACCAACAAGAUGAAGCCAUCACUUGGUUCAGAGUAAUAUACCCAAGGACUCAGCUUCCCACUUGGCCUUCUGAGUUCAAACCCUUGGAAAUUGUGCAAAAACCAGGAGAGACUGUCUUUGUACCAGGUGGCUGGUGGCAUGUAGUUCUCAAUCUUGACACAACUAUUGCUGUCACUCAGAACUUUGCCAGCUGUACAAAUUUCCCUGUGGUGUGGCACAAGACAGUAAGGGGAAGACCAAAAUUAUCAAGAAAAUGGUACAGGGUCCUGAAACAGGAGCAUCCUGAGCUGGCUGCACUAGCAGAUUCUGUUGACUUACAAGAAUCAACAGGCAUUGCUUCCGAUAGUUCUAGUGAUUCGUCCAGCUCUUCAAGUUCCAGUUCUUCAGACUCUGAUUCAGAGUGUGAUUCUAGCUCUGAGACGGAAGGAAUGAUGCAUAGAAGGAAAAAGCGAAGGACAUGCAGCAUGAUGGGGAAUGGCGAUACAAGCUCCCACGAUGACUGCGUGAGCAAAGAGCGCAGCUCCUCCAGGAUUAGGGAAUCUUGCGGAAGCCGUGCUCAUCCCUGAAAGAUAACAAGACCCAUCUAAAGGCAGUUGCAGCCAGCCAGCAGUCUUCUAUUCUUCCUAUCAGCUGUAUGCUUGGAGCUUUCUCAAGUCUUCACCACUCCUUUUUAUUAUUUUUUAAAAAUCCAAUCUUCUACUUGCCAUUACCUGCUGACUUCUUGCUUACUAAAGGAGGAAACUAGAGAUUUCUAUGUUCUCAACACUUUCUGCACUCCAUCAAACAAGCUGUCGGCAAAAGAAAAUGGGGAAUAUCUAUUCAAAACGUAAUCUUAAAAAUAAGCAGGUAGCUCCUGAAAGCCUGUGUCAAGUUCCAACAUUGUCAUAUGUUUACAAGUUGAAUUCUCGUGCACUACAACUGGAGGUCAGAACUAUAACCUCUGCUGCAUGUAACUUGUCAGCAGAUCCUUUAACUAGAGCACAAGAAGAGACAUUGUGUUAGUUAUAUCCAACUAAGGACCCUUCUGUUGUGUAAAAAAUGAUCACCUUGUAAGAAACACGUUUUUGUAGUUCUUAAUUUGUUGAUGACACCAAACCAACCAUGGACUAAUAAGAUUCGUGAGAUAUGUAAUGUCUGAACCAGCAGUUCAUUUCCACAAUUACAUAUGCUUUCUAUUUUAAAGAAAAGCUGCUGGAUUUUUGCAGUAAGUUUGUGAUUUUGCCCCAGAAAAAGUAGGCAUGGAAGAAGCUGUAGUUGCCUCUUUUACCUCUCCCUGUGGGAGCUUCUGGAAACAUUAUAUGAAGGUAAAGUUUUUUUAUAUGGAGUGUCUGGAGUCUGAAAAAAAUACAAUAAAAAUCCCAUUUUAUGAAGAACUGCUUCUCUGCAGCCCAGAAACUUCCUACUUGUAUCUGCUGUUGUAAUAUGGCAGGUAUUUUUACGUUGUGCGUUUUGUCUUGAAAUAAGAUGUGGUUGUGUUUAUCUUAAGGUAGCUGUAUUCUUUCAGGAUAUGUUGCUGCUUCAAGGUUUUUUGUUUCGUUAAUGGAGAUGGGUGUUAUGUGUUAAGAGGGGCCUUGUACCUCCAUACCCAACUGUCUCUACCCUGAAGGUUUGCAACAUAGUGAAAAGAUCUGAUGCCCCAAUAACCACUUAAAAGCAAGUUUAAUGGUUAAUUGGGUGUGCUUCUCAAUUCUCUUCUUGUUUUUCUACUUACCCCAUUACCAGGAACCUAGGGAGAAUUCACAUCUACUGGCCGAUGCAUUGUGAAAGUACUGAUUACUCAUUUCCAAAAUACUACCAUAUCACUCAGGCAGGGAUCCACAUGUCACUUGCCAGCCUUAACUCCAUACUUGCACAAAAGUAUCAUUUUUUUGUGAAUGCCAACAGUAUGUGUUAAAAGGAUGGCUGCCUUCUGUACCCCAUAACUGUUUUCUCCCAGGCUCUUUCCCCUUAAAACACUUAGGUUAAACUAGCAGACUUGUACCUGAUGCUGCUCAGCCAGUGCAGUUAAAAUCAGUGUCGUUUGUAAGGUUCAGUCUACUAUCUUGAUUCAAAAUUGCAUCGAAACAUUGAGGAGAACCUGAUGUCUGAACUCAGGAACCAUCAUGCAAAGUUUGGUUACAAUAUCUUAAGAAGUAUCCAAAUGCAUAGCGAACACACAAAUAGCUUUCCAAAAUUUACAGCAGAUGAAAGUAACCAGGUAAUUUUGUUUGAAUUUACCUUGCAGAACUUGUAACUCUGGAGGCAGAUGAACAGCAACAGGAAAGGAAUUAGGACUAGUAUAGAUAUCAUAACAUUGACCAGAACAUUUGAAGCAGCCUGAGUCAGCCCAGUAUUUACGGUACUCAUUGGCAGCAGCAUUUUCAAUAUCUUGGGCAAAGGUCUUUUCUAGCCUUGCUUCCUGCUAUUACAUUGUUUGACAACCGUGGAUUGCACCAAUAACCUUCGGCAUGCCAAACAGAAUUUGGCAAAAUCUGCUCGUCCUGUUAAAGUAUUCCUUGCAACCAUGAGAUUUAGAAUAUUGAAUUUGUUUUGCUUUCUAUGUUUAUAAAAGGAGACUUGUGUUAUACAUUCUGUGUGGCCUUUAUGCACUAGGUUUGCAGGGAGUGUCAUCUUUACCUAAUUCCUGUUUGUCAUACUGAGAUGCAGAUACAUUUGUUCAGCCAUGUACAUUUAUUUGAACUUGGAUUACAAACCUUCACUGAGUUGAUCAGUAAAAUUCAUCUGGAAGUUGGGGGCUAAGUAUGCUUGGUGGGUGAGGCUGAAGAGCCCCACCAUUUGGGUACAAUAUGCUAACUUUCUCUGUCUUGUAUCAAAUAUGCCAUUAAAACACAAACUUGGGUGGCUUUUCUCUUUGUAUCAAAAACUGAUGGAUAUUUGGCAUUUCAGGGUUAAUCCAGUUAUAUUUUUUAGGAAUAGCAACCACAAGCAACAGUGUUCAGCUACAAUCAGUGUCCUUUUUAAAUGUAUAUCUUCCACAAGUGGGAUUUAUUCAUUUAUAGAUGCUAUUUGCCUCUUACUGUACUAGGGAAUAUUUUUAUUCCAGAUCUCCCAAACUGAUGAAACAAAUCCACAUUAAACUUGGGCUUUCUUUCUUUUAAAAAGUUGUAGAUUUUAUUCAUAGGAAUAUACAUCUUGCAUCUGAGUAGCUGACUAGCUCCUUUCAGUUGCACUCUUUCAGUGUUUGUUGUCAUUUUCAUUGUUUUGCCAGAUGCCAACUAUAUUCCUGUUCUGCGGAGUUGAAGCCAGGCAGCUGUCAUGCUGGAGGAAAGCAAAUUGGUUUUGUUAAGUACCAAGCAUUCAGAUAGCCAUGGGUUGGGAAUAAGGAUCCUGAAUUCUCUACUUGCCCAGGGUUGCAAGCAGAAGUAAAUAACUCCAAGCUUCUAGUUUAAUGAUUCCUUUGUGAUGGGGUGACAAGAGUGUGAAAACUGCAAUAUUGCUUCUAAAUAAUCCUUGCAGAGAAAAUUUACAGCUGAUCAUUGUUUAAAUCACAACUCUUAUUUUAAAGAUACUGCUUUUCACAAACUUUCCCCCCCUUAAUGUGCCUCUUUGAAAACCAAUGCAGUGUUUAUAUUAUGCCAGCUGCAGUUAGACCUGAAGUUGCUGCCUAAAAGUCCAAUGGCUAAUACUUGCCUUUUUUAUAACUAUGAUACCUAAAAACUUAUGAGAUAAAUUAAUAAUAAUAAUAAUUUAUUUAUACCCCGCCCAUCUGGCUGGGUUUCCCCAGCCACUCUGGGCGGCUUCCAACAGAUAUAUUAAAAUACAAUAAUUUAUUAAACAUUAAAAGCUUCCCUAAACAGGGCUGCCUUCAGAUGUCCUCUAAAAGUCUGGUAGUUGUUUUUAUCUUUGACAUCUGGUGGGAGGGCAUUCCACAGGGCGGACGCCACUACCGAGAAGGCCCUCUGCCUGGUUCCCUGUAACUUGGCUUCUUGCAGUGAGGGAACCGCCAGAAGGCCCUCGGCACUGGACCUCAGUGUCCGGGCAGAACGAUGGAGGUGGAGACGCUCCUGGGGCUUGCCAGGAUCAUUUAAACACUAAUUAAGCAACAGGGGCUUUACAAAUCAAUAUAUCUCUAGCUCAGACUUUAUUUUCAGGUCCUUAAUGCUGUACUGUUAUUAGAACAUCUCUUUCUGUUAAUAGAGGCACUUUAUGCAUUUUAAAAGGAUGCAUGUUUUUCAGUUACCCAUCCGAUGAAAAAUUUCACUGAGAGCUUGUGAUUGCAUCAAAGAAAGUCCUGGGUUUAUUAGCUCUUGCAUAUUUCAGUUAAACUGGAUCAGCCUUUUUUUUCUGAACAGCUUUCAGCAACAGCCACUACUUACUUGGGGAAAUGUGCUAAAACCUUUUCUUUCUUGAAUUCCUAAUAACUGUGUCAUUGUGUUGAGGAUACAUGAGAGGCCCUUAGAGCUCCAUUCUUCCCUUUUGUGAGGGGCGAAGUCUCUCUGGACUGUUUCAGCAACAUUUAAAGUGCCACUUCUGCUAACUACUCGUUAAGUCUAAUCAUUUAAUGGAACCAGGGUGGGAGUGCUCUGAAUUGUUCUCUGAAUGAUUUUCAUGUUUUUCGUUUUUAAAUUUUUAAAAAUAAAGCCUUAUUUUCCAUUACUUCAUUUGCACUUAACUUUCAUCUAAACAUUGGGUGAUAAUCUUUUUACCUUAUGUGCGGUAACUAACUUGCAGUGUCACAAUUUGUAGGAUUCUGAAAUACUUGAUGCAGUGCAGCUUGCUAACUGGAAUAUAUCUUCUACUAGAGCUUCAACUUCUUAUUGAAUUUGUAUCCCGAAUACUGCCUUGCAUUUUCUAGGAAAUGCUUUAGAUGUUAUUGCACCCUUCUGCAUAGAGGAAAUCAGAAGCCCAAUGUGACUUUGUGCUUCUGCAAUACUUACAUUUCAAAGCGACAGUGAAUUGGCCUUUAGUUUUGUGUAAUACUUUUUAAUCAACCCGUAUAGCCUCGAUAAGGAUAUCAGAGACAGAACAGAUUGCCUUUAAUUAACUUGUAACUUUUGGUUAAGCCAUAUCAGACAAAUUAAACAUAAGUUUGAUAUGGCUUAACUGGAAGUUACAACACCCUUUUACUUAGCCAGAGCAACCACAUAGAUAUGAAAAGAAGUUGUGAAUCUCUGCUUUACUCUCUAUGCAUAGUAGGCGGUAUGCUGCUUACUCAGUGCUAGGCUAUAGUUAUGUGGCUGAGAGGAAUUAGUUAUGUUUUACUAGAAAACUCCUCAAUAGUAAAAAAAAAAAAACAGGGAAGAAUCUGUAUUAUCAUAGAA